UGACUGUCAAAGAGAACUUUUUUAAUUGUCAAUCGACAUGGAGUCCAAAAAAGUAACAAAAAAUGGGAAAGCUAAGAAAACUAAGAAAAAUAAGAAAAAUGAAAAAUUACCAGUGGAUAUUGAGCCAAUAGCUGAAGCCCCUGCAAACUCAAGUUCAUCCAAUGAGGAGGAGAGUAAUGAAGAAGUCGAAGAAUCCGCACAGUGCAGCAAAAGUGUUAGCUCAAUUAAAAAGGAAACCCAUGAUAAAAAGGAUCAAGCCGAGGAGGAGCAAGACAAAGAAGUAGAAACUAAAAAGCGUCAAUUCAGUCCAGAAGAUAUAGAAGAAAUGAUGGCGCUAAGUCGCCUACCGGAAGCUGCCUUGGCCGCCUAUAUACAGGAACUAGAUACGGAAGUCUAUGAGUGGAGCCAACGUGAGGCCCGUGAAUUGUCCCGUAGCAAACACCUGCGCAUCUUUGGCAAUAAUCGACGCCGGGCCAACAAGAGGGAGUAAAUCUACUUAACUUUUCCCCCAUUUUCCCUAUUUGUAUUUUUUUUUCGUUUCUUUGAUAUCAUCAAAUAAAUGGCCAUCAAGGCAAGUGAAGUAGUCCACACUUCAAAUUGCAUAGCUGCACAUAACGAAA